AUGCCGGCCCAUCUCCACGCUCACCCACAUGGGAGCACCUCCCUAGCUGCCAACCAUGAAGCUGAGAGUCCAUCAGAUACACUGUCCUCUCCUCGGGUAUACUUGUCUCACGACGAUGAGGAUGCCAUCGCGGAGAUCCGUCGGACCUUGACUGAGAUUAGCCAUCAUAACCCCCAACAAGCUUAUUCGGAGCCGCACUCUUCCUUUGACAAGUUUUUAGAAGCAGAGUUGCAAGCGGGCCGGAAAAAGUCGAAUCUUGGAGUUUGCUUUCAAUCGCUGUCGACAUGGGGGGAUGGUGAGGAGCACACCGAUGUUAAGACCUUGGGAACGGCACUCUGGCGCACAUUGACAUUUCAGGAUGUCUAUGAGUGGACGAUCCAGCCCUGGCUUUCUAAAAAGGAACCUCAGAGCGGACGUCCGUUGAUUCGUGAUUUUUCAGGUGCCGUUCGAAGUGGUGAGAUCAUGCUGGUGCUGGGACGACCGGGAGCUGGUUGCUCGACAUUUCUACGAACAAUUGCGGGCCAUCACUCUUCGUUCCUCGGAGUGACAGGGUCGUUGGACUACUCUGGUCUCAGCCUAGAAGAGGUCAAAAAGCACUAUCGUGGCCAGGUGGCCUAUGUCCCAGAGGACGAUGUACAUUUUCCUACACUCACGGUGCAACAGACGCUGGAAUUUGCGCUCCAGAGUAAGACACCCCAGAGAUACCAAGACCGGAUCUCUCGUUACCUUGAGAUCUACGGCCGCGUGUUUGGCAUGUCUCACACGAUGAAUACAUUGGUCGGUAACGAAUACAUUCGAGGUGUUUCUGGUGGGGAACGCAAGCGUAUCUCAAUCAUUGAGUCCCUCGCAACGGAUUCUUCUGUUUCAUGUUGGGAUAAUUCCACCAGGGGACUUGACGCUUCAUCCGCCCUGGACUAUGCUCGUAGUCUCCGAAUUAUGACUGAUACAUGCGGCAAAGCUACGCUAAUGACACUGUAUCAAGCAUCGGAUGCCAUUUACGACCUGGUUGAUAAGGUUCUUCUGAUUGACGAAGGGCGCAUGCUUUUCCAAGGCCCGGCUCGGGAAGCAAAGCGUUACUUUGAAGACUUGGGUUACGAGUGCGCGGAAAUGCAGACAAUCUCGGACUUCUUAACGAGCAUCACAGUGCCUGAGAGACGCAGAUUCCGACCAGGUUGGGAGCACCGAGCCCCCAAAGGCCCCAUUGAGCUGGAGGAAACAUUCCGCAAAAGCCCAGCCUAUCAUAAGGUCCAGUGCGAUGUACAGCAGUACGAGGAUCAAUGCCUUGGCGGAAAAAGUGUUCGAUGCUCGCAGACUGACUCAGACGAUGGAAGUCUGGAAGACUUCAAGAAGGCCAUACAAACAGACAAGUCCCGUUUUGUUUCGCCUAAGUCCCCGUAUACGAUCUCCGUGUUCCGACAGGUGGUGCUUUGUGCAAAGCGACAGCUCUGGCAGAUCCGGGGACAUAUGUCUCCUUUGUAUAUCAAAAUAAUAUCAUCUGUUGUCUACGGGUUGCUGGUCGGUUCUAUGUUCUAUAACCAGCCGCAGACUACUGCAGGGAUGUAUUCUCGAGGAGGAGUCAUUUUCUACUCCUCCAUUCUGCUCGCAUGGCUCCAGAUGUCCGAAUUGGAAGAAGCGAUGCAAGGGCGGGACAUUCUCAGCCGUCAAAAGAAGUUUGCGUUUGUUCGACCCAGUGCUGUAUGUUUGGCCAGAGUUAUUACGGAUUUCCUCAUAGCAGCAGUGCUCACGUUUCUUUAUCUGAUCGUGGUUUACUUUUUAUCUGGCUUGAAAUCCGAUGCCGGAGCUUUUUGGAUUGACUUCUUAUUCAUCUAUCUAUGUACCAUCUGUUUAACGGCCCAGUUCCGAUUGUUCGCCGCCGCGUCUUCCAACUUUGAAGUUGCUUUGCGAUACUGUGGCGUAUCCGUGCUGUUCUGCAUAGUUUUUGGUGGUUAUGUCCUCUCAGUAGAUAGGAUGAUUGAAGACGUUCCUUGGGUUGGAUGGAUAGCGGUAAGAAUUCUACAAGGAUCCCUUGUUCUGCUCGAUGCUCAUGCCAUUCUUCAGUAUACCACUCCAGCUCUUUAUACCUACGAGGCAACGAUGGCAGCAGAAUUUCACAAUACCAACUUCACUUGCUCACCAGAAUCUGUUGUCCCUUCCGGUGCCAACUACACCAACAUUGCAUAUCAGACUUGCGGCUAUGCAGGAAGUCAGAUCGGAACGACUGUCGUGAAUGGUGACGACUACUUGGCAGCGCAAUACGGCUUUUCUUUUGGUCAUGUCUGGCGCAACUUUGGAAUAUUGUGCCUCUUCACUGUGGUCUACAUCGCCUGUACUUGCUGGUUAAGUGAAAUCAUGGAAUGGGAACCGGACAGUGCGGGCCCCAUACAGUAUAAGAAGUCGCGGAGAAGUUCAAGACGAACCCACAGGGAAGGAUCGGAUGAAGAAAGCAACCCUGUCCAACGCGAUGCAACCAUGCCUGAUCCAGCAAACACUGGUGAAAAGCCUGGCCAAGCCAUCACCGGAACAAUGUCCACAUUUACUUGGGAUAAUUUGGAGCUGUUUGUCCAAGUCGGGAAAGAAACGCGAAAGCUGCUCAAUGGAGUCAGUGGCUACUGCAAGCCCGGAACCCUGACGGCUCUGGUGGGCGCCUCUGGAGCGGGAAAAUCAACUCUGUUGACUGCCCUGACUCGGCGACCAAAUUCUGGAAAGUUGACGGGUACAAUGUACGUCGACGGACAUGCUGUCGAUGAGUCUUUCAACCGUCAGAUCGGAUACUGCCAGCAAAUGGAUAUUCAUGAUGAGAGCAGCACUGUCCGUGAGGCGUUUGAAUUUUCAGCGCUGCUGCGCCAGAACCCUGAAGUGCCCGAUGAAGAAAAGCUCUCAUAUGUAAACACGGUCAUCGAGACACUUGAAUUGACCGAGUUGCAGAACGCCCUCAUCGGAUCAUUAGAUAUCGAAAAGAAGAAGCGUGUUACUAUUGGAGUAGAGCUUUGCGCGAGGCCUGAGUUGCUACUUUUCCUGGAUGAGCCGACAAGCGGACUCGAUAGCCAGGGUGCUUCUAGUAUUGUUGCUUUGUUGAGACGGUUGGCAGACCAGGGACUGGCUAUUCUUUGUACCAUUCACCAAGCAAACCAGCAGCAGUUCGAGGAGUUUGAUCGCGUCUUGGCUCUCAGUCCUGGUGGAAGUACCUACUACUUUGGGGAAGUAGGGCAGUCCGGCUGUUCAAUCUUUGAGUAUUUCUCCAAGCAUGGGCACAAGCCGGAGAAUGUGACCAAUGCGGCAGACUAUCUGAUCGAAGUUGUCGUAGGGGGCAUGAAGGACACCGCACACCAAGUCAACUGGGCUGACGUAUGGAACCGAUCCAAGGAAGCCGAUCUGGUCAAGAAAGACAUAUGCGACAUCAGGAGUAAGGGAGUUAAGGCCGACGUCUUCCAAGAUUCAAAAAGAAUCUCCACUCCGCCACUUUAUCGCCAGGUAGGCCUUUUGACCAAGCGUACUUUGCGGCAGUACUGGCGAAGCCCAGAGUAUCCUUACUCCCGGCUCUAUGCGUCGUUCCUACACGCCCUGAUUAACGGUCUCACUUACCUACAGAUUGGGAACAGCUCAACCGACCUGCAAUCGAAGGCCUUCUCAUGCUUCUUGGUUCUUAUGCUGGUACCUGAGUUCAUCAACGCCAUCUCUAUGCGGUUUAUCAUGAAUCGUGAGAUAUGGAAGGCACGCGAAGAUCCUAGCGGUGUCUACGGAUGGGUUGCCUUCUGUACAGCACAAAUUGUAUCUGAGAUCCCGUACGCCAUAAUUAGCGCCGUGAUAUUCUAUUUGCUCUAUUAUUUCAUUGUCGGACUCCCUUUGGGAUUUGCUGCCGGAUAUAGUUUCUUGAUGUUCUUCUUGUUCUUUCUGUUCGCGACGUCUUGGGGUCAAUGGAUCGCAGCGCUGAGCGCUGACUCUAUGGUGGCUGCGACCCUCAUGCCAUUCUUUAUCAUCAUGUGCGAGCUGUUCAACGGUAUCCUUCAACCCCACGAUAACAUGCCCGUGUUCUGGAAGUACACCAUGUACUAUGCCACGCCAUUCACUUAUUGGAUCGGUGGUGUCCUAACGGCUGUCCUACGUGGCAUGCCCGUCAUUUGCGACAGCAGCGAAUUAACGAUUUUUGAAAGCCCACCGAACAUGACUUGCGGAGAGUAUGCAGGCCCGUGGCUUGCAGAGCAUGGCGUAGGCUACCUCUCCAAUCCAGAUGACACAAGCAAAUGCGGAUAUUGCAAGUAUAGCUAUGGAGAUGAUAUUCUCAAGAUGUACGAAGAUCGCCAAUUAGGAAAUCAUAACGAACAAACGUCAACAUCACCGGACUCGAUCCUAGUACCCCGACGGCGCCGACCGGCUCUUUCUUGCUCUGUUUGCAGACGCCGCAAGCUCAAGUGCGAUCGAGCAUUACCGUGCUCGCAAUGCGUCAAGUCAAAGACCCCUGAUCUCUGCGCUUACUCCGGACCCGCGCCGGGCCAGCCGUUGGAGGCUCGACCGAUUCGCACCGCUUCCGACCGGGCCAAUGUGCCCAGUAAUCACACCAGUCCAGGCCAUGGCGGACUCUACGUCUUCGACUCGCGGCAUCAGUCUACACACCGAAUCAACAAGCCCAAAGGACGCCCUGAGGAAGUGCAAGAACUCCGACAUCGUGUGCAAGUGCUGGAAAGCGCUCUGUCCAGAGUUGGGUCCAUCCAAACGCCAGACAGUUCGGCGUGCGAGUCUGUGUCGGACUAUGGGCCCCGGAUAACCUCGGAGUCUCUACUACUCAGUGAGGACGUCAAGCAUCUACCAGGGCGAGCAUGUUUCAGGGGGAAAAAUGGAAAGACCAGAUAUUGUGGGCGUUGCCAUUCAGCACUAUCAUUCUCAUUUUUCAAAGACGUGGCUUCCUACUUCCAAGACCGACGCAUGCAGAAGAAGUCGAAAAGCCCGGAGUAUCUCAAAUUGAAAAAGUUCAGGGGUGAAAUGCUAUCUCGAGAGAAGCAAGAUCAUCAGAGGGCAUACCGCGAGAAAGCUUUCACGCUGGAAGAGAUGCUUCCGCAUCGGAGAGUCGCCGAUGAGCUAGUCAACCUGUAUCUAUCCACCUUCGAGACGACAUAUCGAAUCUUGCACGUUCCGACAUUUCUCAAGCAAUAUGAGACAUACUGGGCUGGUACCGAAACCACUGAUAUGGCCUUUAUUGCCAAACUUCUGGCCGUGAUGGCUGCUAGUAGUUGCUUCUUUAGCCCAUCAACGAGACUGAAUGAGAAAGAUACUCUGCAUAGUGCGGCAGGAGGGUGGAUUAUGGCAGUACAAUCAUGGAUCUCAUCCAUUAAUGUUAGCUCGACGAUUGACUUCAAUAUGCUGCAGAUCCAGUGUAUCUUGAUCCUCGCACGCCAGGCUGACGCCACAGAUGGGGACGUUGUCUGGAUCUCCUCGGGUUCUUUGAUCCGCUCUGCUAUGAUGAUAGGGUUGCACCGAAACCCUGCGCGCUUUCCAAAGAUGACUAGGUUUUGGGCUGAGAUGCGUCGUCGUCUAUGGGCUACCAUCUUGGAGCUGGAUCUACAGUCCGCCUUGGACGGAGGUAUGCCUCCUUCAAUCGACUUAGACGAAUAUGAUUGUGAUCCACCGUCAAACUAUGACGAUGAUGACCUAAUGGAGGAUCUGACAGAGGACGUUAUCCCGAAGGACGUAGCAAUGGUGACGCGCAGCAGUUUCCAGGUUCUGCUGUCGCAGUCGUUGCCGUUGCGUGUUCGGAUAGCGAAGUUUGUCAAUAGUUUGAAAUUCACUUUGUCUUAUGACGAGGCAUUGCGACUGAGUGAACAACUGGUUCAGCACCGGGAUAGCGUCUUGGCUUUGUUCCCUGAUAACGCAUCCACAUCCAUUUCCCUUGAAAGCCUGCAGUUCACGAGGUCGUUCUUCGUGUUCAUCAUGGUCCGCUUUUUACUUGUUCUUCAUCGUCCGUUCUCCCUCAGUGUGCAAUUGUCGCCCAAAUUUUCCUAUUCACGGAAGAUCUGUCUCGAGUCAUCUCUGGAAAUGCUUUCUCAGUUGGAUGCUCCCGCUGUUAGCCUCCCAGAGGCACAGGCAUGUCCACAUCUAGGACAGCUCAGUGGGGGGAUGUUCCGCGACGAGUUUUUCCACGCCGCGAUCACCGUCUGUGUGGAAGUUUCCCUUCAAGCUACCGAGUUCUCGUCAUCGAAACAACCAUCUGGCCAGAUUAGUUCACUAAGUUCGCUGAAUGACUUGGUACGGUCCCAGCAGGAUGUCUUAGUCCGGGCUGUGGAGCAUACGCUGGACACCUUUGGCAGCCGAAUUUCGCCACGGGGGAAAGGGUGCAAGGCGUUUAUUUUCCUUGCAAUGGCCCUUGCUUCCGUCAAGGCGCGCUUGAAUGGAGAGGAUGCCCUAAGAAAGGUCGAACAGGUGGCUGCAAAAUCUAUUAAGGACUGUGAACGGCUGAUUCGAGGAAAAGCAUGGAUCGAUAUCCGAAGAGAAGAAGGCCCCGUUGUGCCGGAUACCUCAACACCUAGCAUGAACUCUGCGGCUUCCGAGAUACCGUUUGAUCCUGCGUUGGUUCCCUACGAGUCAGCUCCUGUUUCACCACUUGACUUUGGUAAUUUGGCCGUCCUGACCACUCUUGGUCUUCAGGCUGCUCCCGGAGAGCAGGCCUCCAAUCAUGCCGUGGCCUAUCUGGUGGCCAACUGGCUCAUCUCAUUUGGCCUAUUCAGCACGCGGCGGGAGAAGUUGAAGCUCGGUAUCGAUCACAACCAGGCCCCUCGUGACGACCUCGCCAAAUUUGGAGAGGCCGCUGUACAAUCAGGCAAGAUCACACGGCAAACCUUGAAUCGACUCAAGCGGCAGGAAGCCAGCAUGGCCAAUUCAGCAGAGCAUUACCCAUUGUUUGUAGCCGCAAUACUUGUCGCUCUUCACGCGGGUGUGUCCAAUGAUGUAAUCAACCGCAUUGGACUAUGGUAUGCGGUGUCACGGCUGGCGUUCGGGCUCUGCUACAAGUACAUCGAGUCUCUCAAACUGAGCUUUGUUCGUUCGUUCUUUUGGUGGUCGGGCAAUAUCUGCUGCUUCACUGCUUUCUGGCUUGCCUCGAAGAAACUGUGAUGGUAUUAAGUUUCAGAAUUCCUCCUUGUCAAUUGCUGAGGCAACGUUUCUGCCAUUACCAGUUUGAGGGUACGUAUGAACAUAUGUAUGUACAUACCUUGAAUCGUUUCCCUCGGCACCACCAAGAGCCGAGAUUACUGGGAAUCACGAUGCAGAUCUGUUGGUUGUACUUGCGAUAAGUGGAGGUCGAUACGAGCUUUUUGAACUUCUCAUUGAGUCCAGGAAAUUAGAUCACUUUCCGGACUGUGGGGCUGUAAUAUGUUGAAGGAAAUGAUCUUCUGUGGAUAUGGGGCGCUGGUCCAUUACUACUAGUUCCUCCGAUCUUCGUCUGUCGUUGUAAUUAUUUGCCUGGGUGGCAUUUAGAAUUGAAUCAUUCCGUCAAGAUGUUUGAGAUACACACGGAUAGGUGUCUUCGAUUUUACUUUAUUAUGGUCAUUUAUACUUCUAUUCAUACUCAUUUUGAUAUUU